UGCACAAAUAUAAACCCUGUGUACCUUAACUGUGCUAUCACUCCAUCCGAUAACUACCAGCUGGAUCCAUUUCAACAGCAAUCUCAAUAUGGCUUUCAGCGGAACCUGGCAAGUGUACGCACAAGAGAACUAUGAGAAUUUCCUUAGGGCUGUAGGUUUGCCAGACGACAUUAUUAAGGUGGCCAAAGAUGUCAACCCAGUAAUUGAAAUUCAACAAGAUGGUGACAACUUUACAGUAACUUCAAAGACACCCAAACAGUCUCAGACUAAUUCUUUCACUGUUGGGAAGGAAUCAGAAAUCACCACUGUGGAUGGCAAGAAGAUCAAGGUCAUUGUUAAUCUAGACGGGGGAAAGCUUUCCUGCAAGAGUGACAAAUUCUCCCAUGUACAGGAUGUUCAAGGAAAUGAGAUGGUGGAGACGAUCACCAUUGGCUCAGCAACACUGACCCGAAGAAGUAAGAAGGUUUAAACUAAGACUAGCAGCUGUUAUUUAAUCAUUUAACAAUCUGACCUAUACUAUAAUAAAAAUAUUAUGAAUCAGUAAA